AUGAAGAUAGUCACCAUCCUUUUAGCUUUCGCUCUUGCAGUUAUUGCUGCUCCAACGCAGGAGAGGAGAGAUGUCCCUAUUUAUCCUUCCAAUGAUCCUUUCUACGAAGCUCCAGCUGGCUUUGAAUCCAUGCCAGUUGGAACUAUAUUGAAGUCCCGUAAGAAAGAUAAUCCCUUUGGAGUCAUUGUUAUUCCAGAAAUCUUAGAUGCUACAUACCAGUUCUUAGUGCGUUCUGAAGAUACUUUUGGAAACCCUAAUGCAAUUGCCACUACCCUUUUCAUUCCUAACAAUGCUGAUCCUUCCAAAUUACUUUCAUAUCAAAGUGCAGAAGAUUCCGCAAACAUUAACUGCUCUCCAUCAUAUGCUAUGCAAUUGAAUUCUGAUCCUUCUAGCUAUAUCUCUCCACAAGUUGAACAAAUCUUGGCCCAAGUAGCUUUGAAUGAAGGUUGGUACGUUGUAGUUCCCGACUACGAGGGCCCAAAAUCUGCUUUUGGUUGUGGGCUUCAAGCAGGAAAGGCUGUCUUGAACUCAAUUAGAGCAGUCUUGCUGUCUGGUUCUACAACGGGUAUAAGUCAAGAUGCAAAGGUCUCUUACUGGGGCUAUUCGGGUGGCUCAAUUGCAACUGGGUGGGCGUCUUUAUUGCUGCCAACAUACGCCCCCGAUCUUACAAAGAAUAAUGUCGGUGCAGCAUAUGGUGGUAUUGUCGCCAAUGUAGAACACACAGCUCAAACAAAUAUGGGAAGUCCCUUUGCAAGUCUUAUCUUUUCUGCUAUGAACGGCUUAAGUGCAGAAUACCCAGCUUUAAAUGACUAUAUCAAUUCUAACGUUUUCCCUGACAAGCUUGAUCAAUUCAGAGACGCUAAAAACGAAUGUUUAGUUCAAGCUCUUCCUGAGUACGCAUUUGCUACGUGGACAGAUUACUUCCAGGACGGAGACAAUACUUUGAACAAUCCAAUUGUCAAGAACGUUACAACCCAAAACAACAUGAUACUUUCUGGCUUAGUUCCCACCAUUCCAUUGUAUUUCUAUAAUUCCAUUUUAGACGAAAUCAUCCCUGCUUCUGAUGCUGAUGACUUGUAUAAUCGUUUAUGUGAUGCUGGAGUGUCUAUAGAAUAUUCCCAAGACUUGGUAGGUGGUCAUGUCACCCAGCAAAUAUUAGGAUCUGGAGCAGCUUUUACCUGGCUUAAAAAGAUAAUGAAUGGCGAAAGCACAAGAGGCUGCUCAAAGAGGACUGUUGUGUCCAAUGCUUUAACCACAAAUGGUAUUGUUGGAAUCGGUGAUGAGUUUAAAACAGCUUUGUUAACAUUUUUAUUAUUUCCACUCCACAAGACAUUCAAUCCUUUGAACCCAUUGGGACUUCCACCUAUUGAUAUUCCAACUAUAGUACCUGGUUUCCAUUUCAAAUGGCCGCCAUUUUGA